CGUAUCAACCGCUAUUAGAGGAGCAAGAGGAUGUCGAGAUGGUAACGUUGUUUAACGACGAAACAACAUCAGCCGGGAAAAAUUCAACUACACCGGAGAGUAGCAAUUUUCUCUUGCCCAAAGCGGUAACGAGUGAAAGUGAAAACUUGAAGGCGCU